UGCUCUGUUUUUGCUACAUCAGACAAUGACGCUAGCGAACAGACUCCGCCGCACAAUGCCGGCUCCGUUGAAAGCACUAUCGAGAGUGCGAUGUGACAAGUGGUUGUUGGCUGCCUGCUGUCUCCUGGCUGCCACCUCCGUCUGGCAACUCACGCAGUUGGAAAGCGACCUGGCGGACGCGAAGCUGCGCGUCCUAAACGCAGCCCAACAUCAGGUUAUGACUUAUCUCACUUCAAACCUCCCUCAGGCCGUUCGCCAGUGGUACUCUUAUCUCCCAGUUGAGAUUGACACCUUGAACGAUCUCGAUCAGAACGACCCGUCUCUAAUAAGGCACGUGCGACAACGGUCCCUCGUGCCUCCCUCUGACCGGAGCGUGGCAUACAAUCUUAGAAAAAGCGACAAACCUACCAACUCGACACUCGUCAAAACACUUUUGAAAAUUUUUGAAAAUAAGACGAGUGGAUUCUUUGUGGAAAGCAGAGCUCUGGACGGCGAGGAAAUGUCUGUCACUCUCGAGUUAGAGCGGAACAAGAAGUGGGAUGGACUCUUGAUCGAGCCGGACCCAUCAAACUUCCAAAAAAUGCUGGCCACAAACCGCAAGUGCUGGCUCGCACCUGUCUGCCUUAGCACAGAAAAUACUCCGAUUCUUACAAAGGUAAGCGUUAGCGGCUUGAAGCGGGGCGAGGGUACCGUGGACGUGCACUGCCUACCUCUUGCUUCACUAUUAAUAGCCUUGAACUCGACCGUGGUGGACUUGCUGCGUUUGGACUUAAAUGGAGACGAGCUGCCCGUCCUUGAGACAAUUUCAUUUGAUUCUGUUUUUAUUGCGGCGAUUUCUGUCAAAUUCGCCCACGGACGAACGCGGAAGGAAACGAUGAGAAAUUUUGUUGAAGGCAAAGGCUACACGCUGUACACGGUGAACAAAACUAUCGAUCUUUGGUCCGACGAGGAUUAUUUGUUCAUCAAAGACGACAGUGGGCUGCCGAAAAUGUAACACCUUGUGUGCCAAAGAAUGUUAUUUAAACCUGCUGACUGCAAAUAUAACUCAAUAAAAAUAAACAACAAACUUCUAUGAAAGUGUCGUCGUGAAUGUUUGAGACAAACAUGUUAAAAAUCUAAUAAAAAUACAGU